AUGUGUAUUGAUUACCGGCAGCUGAAUAAGGUAACGAUCAAGAACAAGUAUCCACUGUCGAGGAUUGAUGACUUAUUCGAUCAGCUUCAGGGUUCGAAGGUAUUCUCCAAGAUUGAUUUGAGAUCCGGUUAUCAUCAGUUGAGGAUUAGGGCGUCUAAUGUCCCUAAGACUGCUUUUCGUACUCGCUAUGGCCACUACGAGUUCCUGGUUAUGUCAUUUGGGCUGACUAAUGCCCCAGCUGCGUUUAUGGAGUUGAUGCACAGAGUAUUUAGGCCUUUCUUGGACUUAUUUGUGAUAGUCUUCAUUGAUGAUAUUCUUAUAUGCUCCCGCAGUCAGGAGGAGCACGAGCAGCACCUCAGAGUGGUUCUUCAGACUCUGGAGGAUAGUCAGUUGUAUGCCAAGUUUUCU